UCAGCUACUUUGAACGGUAGUACCGACUCAGCCGCAGCUCGAGCAACAGAAAGAUAUCGCCGCGACCGUAGCUAGUGAUUCUCGCUACGAAAAACUCGAACGAAUUUCUUUCGCAUUACUCUGCGUGUAAUUCAGUAAACGCAAAACGAUGUCCGAGUCCGGCGACGAGUCCCCCGAGAGCGUCCAUACCGAGAGCGACGACGACGCGUCCAUCGAAAGCGUCCACAGCGACGACGACGAUGUCUCGGACAUCGAAAUCGACGAUCAGGACGACGAAAGCGACCGAUCCAUGCACACGGCGAGCGACGACGAGGACGAAGAGGCGGCCCUGACCAACGAGAGCGACAUAUCCGCCAGAAGUUUGCUGUAUCGCGAGGGCGCCGACGACGACGACGACAAAAACGACAACGAUCAGCACGAGGAGAGCUUCGAUUACGGACAGAAAAAGUUGGACACGCUGAUGAGGCUGCGCGAGAAGGUCAACUGGCGGAUCGAGGAGGAGCGCGUGGAAUUCUUCCUGCUGAUCGAUCACCUGAUGACCGAGUGGCUGGAGCUGCCCGAGCUGCCCGAUCUGCGCAACUGCCUCCAGCCUGAAGAGAUGGAUUGGCUACUGGCGCACGUGGUCGCCCACGUCCAGUACUUCAAUCAAGCGAGGCAGUUCAUCGAGUUCGUGGUGCGCACCGGCUACAAGGAUAGGAUCGACGAAAAUCCACCGCAGCUGCUGCUGCGUCGCACCACGGCGAUACAUCACGCGGCCAAGUACAGACCCUCCGACUGGCGAUGGAUGGUCGAGCAGCUCUUCGAGAUAUACGACAAAUUCGAGGUGAACUACAGCGAUGAAUCCGGAUUAACGCAUUUUCACGUGGCCUGCAUGGCUGGCCUCGUUGAAAUCGUUCGGAAAUUCCUCGAGCUCGGCCAUGAGGAUCCCGAUCUCGUGUGGCCGGAAACGGGCGAUUCGCCGCUGCACUUGGCUCUGACCGAGGGCAGCAAGGAGACGAUGGAACUGCUGCUGAGGAACGGAGCAGAUCCGAAUCGGGCCAAUUACGAGCGGGGAUCGACUCCUCUGCACGUUAUCUCACGGAGGAAGAACAGAGACGACGGCUCGACGAAGCUAUUCCUCGAGAUCUGCGACGAGCUGAAUCGGCCGGUGUCGAUAGAUGCCCGCGACAAGUCGGGCAGGACACCUCUGCAAUUGGCCGUGGCGAAUCUCAAGCCGCACGCGGUCGAGAUUCUGCUGGAUCGUGGCGCCGAUCCCGCCAGCUUCGUCGUUACCAUCGACAAGCUCUUCGACGACUCGGCCGUCGGUUGGUACGAAUUACGUACGGACCUCGAUGGAUCGAGCAUUGCCGGCGGUGCACUGGCCAUCCUCGAGAGUCUCGAAAGCAGAGGAUACAAAGUCGAAGAUUACGGCUCGAUCGUCGCGAAAAUCUUCGGCAAGCUCGAGUUGUUCCAGUACUCGGCGGAUCUUCGAACGGCCAACGAAAAUUGGUACGACGACGAGGAGUUCGCCAGCCGAGCCAAGACCAUAACGAUCCUGCCGUGCAUCAAGGUAUGGCACUACGACGAAUCGUCCGAGUUGGCGAGAGAGAGCGACGCCGAGGCGAUGUCGCUCUACGACCUGAUCCGACUCGCGCCCGAGGCGGCGGCGACCGUGUUCGAGUUCCGGGACUACUACGACUGGGACGAGUCGUUCGCCGAGUUGCCGAAAAAGUACGAGAUCCUGGUGAAGGCCCAGCUGUGCGAGACGAUGUCGAGACGCUGCUGCGACAAAAUCAUGGGACGUCUGAUCGACGAAGAAGUGGCUGAUAUUUGCUUUGAUUUUGUCGCAUGAUUGUAGAAUAUAAGCUCGUAUAGCUUGGACGUAAUACACUUGUACAGAGAUUCUGUAUUCAACGAAUAUUCGUAAUGAAAUAACAAAGAUUGAAUUCAUUAA